AUGUUUUCAUUUUUAGUUUGUAAAUAUAAAGCAUAUUCAGUCAGUAGUGUUGGUGGCGGUGUUGAUGAUGACGAUGAUUUGAUUUUUGAAGAUUUCGCUCGUCUACGUUUAAAAUCAUAUGAAUCUGAUAAACGUAUGGAUAUAGCUGAUUCAUCUACGGCUGAUCCAACAAUGGCAACAAAUGUCAAUACACCUAACGCUGUCAUUUCUCCAUCAUCAACAUCAUAACAGUAACUUUUUAAAAAAUGUAUAUUUCCUUAUUUUCUACUAACAUUCUUUCUUGAAUAGUUACACGAUUUUUUUCUUUUGCUUUCAUUAUAAU